AUGUCGCUGGCAGGCCUGAAGAAACAAUUUAACAAAGCCAAUCAGUAUAUGAGUGAAAAGAUUGGUGGAGCUAAAGGAACAGAGCUUGAUGAUGAAUUUGUUGAAAUGGAAAGAAGAAUUGAUGUCUUGGGAAAGUUGGUGGAUGAUCUUAUAAACAAAACACAUGAGUUUCUACAGCCUAAUCCAGCAUCUCGUGCAAAAAUGUCAACUAGAAAUGCAAUAUCCAAAAUGCGAGGUCAAGAGCAAAAGAUAUUGUAUCCACAACCAGAGGGCACACUUGGAGACUAUAUGGUCAAACAUGGAACUGACCUAGGAGAUGACUCAAUAUUUGGAAAUUGCCUGAUAGAGGCAGGAGAAUCAUUUAAACAUUUGGCUGAGAUCAAAUAUAACUUAGAAGACAAUGUGAAGCAAAAUUUUCUGGAACCCUUGAACCAACUACAGAAUAAAGACUUAAAAGAAGUCAAUCAUCAUAGGAAAAAGCUGUCAGGUCGAAGAUUAGACUUUGACUGCAAGCGAAGGAAAAAGGAAAAAGGAGCUUGUGUUGGAGAUGAAAAUAAAACAUCUGCUACUGGAGGUACCACUGUUACAGAGGAAGAAUUGCGAGCUGCAGAAGAUAAGUUUGAGGAGUCUAAAAACCUUGCAGAGAAUGCCAUGCAUAAUGUUUUAGAAAAUGAGGUGGAGUACAUCAGUCAGUUGCAGGCUUUCAUUGAGGCAGAAGUUGACUACCACAGACAGGCACUGAAUACACUCCAGUCAUUGCUAGAGAUAGUUGAGCAGAAACGCAAUGAAUGUGCAGGCCGCCCCAGAUCUGAGCACAUACCGAAGCGGGUGAGUUCAUUCCGUCGCAGUGAGUCUCCAGAUUCUGACGAGGACACUGAGACCAAGUCUGGCAGCCACACCUUUAAUAGCAUUCAAACACCUGCAUACCAUCAGUCAGCCUUUAAUCCAUAUGAUGAAACAGAUCCAUUUGGAUCUUACGCUGUUCCUGACGGCAAGAAGAAGCCAAUGGCAAGGGCUUUAUACGAUUUCGUUCCUGAAAAUGAAGGUGAACUGAGCUUCCAAGAAGGAGAUUACAUAGACUUAAUUAGUCAGGUCGAUGAAAACUGGUUUGAAGGUUCUGUACGUGGGCAAGCAGGCUUCUUCCCCAUCAACUAUGUAGAAGUCGUGAAUCCACUCUGA